CACACAUGGAGUAUGGACCAAACUACACCAUUUCCGAACUCUUCUCGCAAGUCAUGACUCCAAUUGGAUUAUCAUUUCUUCUUACCGAAAACGUCUUCAAAACUAUUUUUCUUAUUUCAUUGAUGUCGUUUUCAGUUUAACGUUUGUUGUAUUACAAUUGUGUUUUAUUCACAUUGGAUUACAUUUAAGUGUUAUAUUUCUAGAUUCAUUGGUUGGUUUCAUUCUAACUAUUAACUUACACUAGGUAGAUUUUGUGUCGCGCUUCGUUGCGCCUUCUAAUAAGAUUAGAUGUAUUGUUUUAUAAUUCGUAUUUGAUUUGUGACCACGUUUAGCAAAGAUCCAAUAUAAAACUCCUAACGAAAUCUAAAUUGGUAAGUAAUUUUAGUUGUAUGAAAUGAUUUAAUCAUGGCUGAACUAUAAUUUUAGCAUAAAAUGUCAUAAUGUUGACUUUUCAGGUACGAAUUUCGGUACGAUUUUACAAUUUUUAAUUUUUUGUGAUCUACAUCGAUGGACGGGUUGGAGCAACGUGUCAAGCCUGAUUCAACCACGAUUGAACUACAUUUUAGCACAAAUUACCAUAUUGAUAACUUUUUUGGCACAACAUUCAAUAUGGUUUUACAAUUUUUGUUUUUUUUUCUCAACAUAAAUCGAGACUCGGGUUGUAGCAACAUGUCAAGUCUUAUUUUAACCACGUACGGGUUAACUACAAAUUUAGCAGAAAAAAUCUACUGCUAACUUUUUUGGUACGACCUUAGGGUAUGGUUUUCCAAUUUUUUUUUAAACAUUAAAUGAGGCUCAGGUUGGAGCAACGUAUCAAACCUGAUUUAACCACGGGUGAACUACGCUUUUAGCACAAAAUACUCUAAUUCUAACUUUUCUGUUGUGACUUUCGGUAUGGUUUUACAAUUUUUACUAUAUCUGAACAUAAUCGAGGCUCGGAUUGGAGCAACGUGUCAAGACUGAUUUAGCCACAUUACCGUACUGCUGGUCAAAAAAACCCAAAUAAUCUAAAUCGGUAGGUGAUUUUAGCACAAAUUACACUGAUGCUAACUUUUCUGGUACGUCAUUCGAUAUGGUUUUAAUUUUUUUUGUUUUUUUCCCUAAACAUAAAUCAAGAUUCAAAUUGGAGUAAGCGUGUCAAGCCUACACCAACAACAUUCCCCCUAUUUUUGAAUGAAAAUAACAAUUCACCGACCAAUCAAAUAACACUAAGGAUUUAGUAACCAUGUUCAUGUAUCAAACAAAUCAAGCCAUUGGAAAAAUUCUAUAACUGCCACGUGUUUAAUUUAGAGGUGGCUGUUACCUAACCAUGUUAACGGGGUGGGAUACGAUCACUCUUAAAGGGUUGUGAGAUUCACAACCAAGAGCAUUUUGGACAUGAUAAUUUUUUUUAUUAAUUAACUUUAUGUAGUAAUUACAAAUUGGGAAUUAAAAACUCAUAUUAAAUACAUGCUUUUUUAACAUUUAAAUCCUACAAUAAACACAACUCUCACUCUUCUUUUCCCAGCCGCCAAUCCACUCUGACCGGCUAAUCUUCCGACCGACAGACUUUCUCCGGCGAAAUACUUAAAUCACAUUCGCUCCGGCCACCUACAAAAAAUUACCACUCUGUCAGUGCGUUAGUGGUACGCUAUCACGUGUACCAUUACCAGUACAGCUGGUAGUGGUACGCUACCACUACCAUCUAGUACCACUAGCUGGUAGUGGUACCAAAUGAGUACCACUCCAAAUCAGUACCACUAGUCUAAAACAAAAAACAGAUAUGGAUUCUGAAAAUCUCAAAUCUGCAAUAAUAAUAAUAAUAAUAAUAAUAAUAAUAAUGGGAUGAGGAAAGGGGGAGUCGGUGACCUCGCGGUAGAGACCGCGAGGCAGGGGGAAAAGGGGGCGACUUUGCGACAGGGACAGAGAACGCCGUGAGACGGCAGCGGCAAGGGCAGAGGGCGGAGGCUACGACGUGAAGAGGCAGGGGUAGAGGCGCCGCGAGAUUGCUGUGGAUGCGACGACGUGAAUAGGUGUCGCCGGGAGGAGGGCAGUAGGAGGAAGGUGGCAGGAGAAAAGGGAAGACGGUGGGAGGAAGAAGAAGAGAGGAGGAAGAAGAAGGGAGAACUGGUGCCGGUGGCGGCGACAGAGAGAUGGAGAAUGAUAUAAAAAUUUUAAUUAGGGUUUUUAGAGAGAGGGGAAGAAUGUUGAAAUUAGUAUGGGUUGUAAUCCCAUAUGGUCAUAUUUUUUCGUUCAAAAAUAUCCUUGUACCAAUCUCAUCCAUCAAUUUAAAAAAGUAUGAAAGAGAAUGGAUCUAAUGGUAUAUAGAGUGGGUUGUGAAAAUAACAACCCUAAAAGGGGUGUCACCGUAUUUCACCCCAAUUUAACCAACCUCUAAUGCAACAGUAACCACUUUAUACUUUAAUAAGUAUUAUUACAAAAGAAACAAUAAAACAUAACCACUAUAAUAGUAAUUCAAACCAAACCAUUAGCCUUAAAUAUAACCACUAUUGCCAUGUACCAUGAUGCCACGUUUCAAUAACAUAUAAUUUUUUUUUAGGGUAAUGUCUAUUUUUUAUCCAAACCUUUUUCAUAUUCUUUUAUAUUAUCCAAGCCUAUUAAAAUACUAAGAAUUAGCCAAAUGGUAACUUCCAGACUCCAGUUAGCAAUUUUGUUAGUAAUAUAGACUUGACAACAUGAUACUGACUUGGAAAAGACACAUGAUGUCAACAUUCCAAAAUUUUAGUAUUUUAACUAAGAAAAUAGUUACAAAAUUAUUUAUGAUAACGUAAAAUGACUAAUAUUUUGAUACAUUACGAAAGAUUUAGACUAAUUAAUAACAUUUUAAUAGGUUUAGAUAAUAUAUAUAAAAAAAUCUGAGAUAAAAUAUAGUCAUUGCCCAAAAUUUUAUACAUUAAUUUUGUAAAGUCGAUUAAAUGUUGUACGAUGCCGUUUGCUUUUGACCCAUCUUUGUGGUUAACGAGUUUCGCUUCACCCGAACCGACCCGAUUUCUUGUGGGAUCAAUCAAUGUGAAAGAGUCUGAAAACUGAGAUUCGGAAAAGCGGGAAAAACCCUAGAAAGCUGCAUCGCACCACUCUUCGUCUUCGGUUAAUCAAGUCUGUCAGCUCGACCUCUCAGUCUAUCCACUUCCAAUGGCGGACGAAGCCAACAGAACCGUAAGAACAGCUUCAAACUCCAUCUGCUAGCUCUGAUUCCGCCAGACGAAGCUGGUCUUCCUUCUUUUGAUUGAACACAGCAUACGAUUCAUUUUGUUUAUUCAGUUGACCUGCUAAGUUACUGAAUACAUUUUGUCUCCAUGUGGGUUUGUGGAAAUCUCGUUGCUUUCCUCAGGCUUUUAUGGAGAUUCAAGGUCGCAUGAUCGAGACUACUGCCAAACUGAAGCAGGUUAGUCGCUGUUCAAAUCUUUGCAUUUGCUGGAAUUUUUUAAAACUCAGGACAAAUCUGGAUGCAAAUUUGAAGUUACAUAGUAUCAUGAGUAGCUAGCUUCAGGGGAUUGUUUACUCUAUCCACCGGGAGCGUUCAUAGAUCAUUGGUCUCAAUCUCUAUAAUGUAUAUACAGUAAGAAUGGUGAGUUGAGUUUGAGAUUGAAAUGUCAUUGUGUUGACCUAGAAUUGAGUACUCUGCUUUAGGAUGUCAUUCUACUGUGCCAUUUCAGCUGCUGGUUUUACUUUUGAUACAUUCCCCGGAAGUUACUCCUGCGGAAUUGGUAUCGUAGAAGCAAAUGUAUGGCAUGUGUGAUCUUGAUUUUAGAUACUUUGUCACGGUGAAGCAUGCCAAUGGCGUGAAAGAUCUUUUGUGGAUUGGGAUGUGAGGCUUGUGCCUUGCAUUCUGUAUUUGAAAAGCUGAGACAAAAAAUGACAAGGGGGGGAUCUGUUGAUGCUUCUUUUUGUAGCUUGUUUUUCUCCAGUUUUUGGUGCUUGUUUUGGUGUUUGGACUUCACAAGAUGGGUGGCUAGUAAAAGGUAAUUGUUGUCAUUAAUCUGAACUGAUGCGUCUUUCAUUUCAGGUGCAGAACCAGAUGCGUACUAAAGAGGGAGAAAAGAAGCGUGCUUACCUGACUUUGCAGGAAUUGCAGCAGGUGCCUGAUGACACAAAUACAUACAAGUCCAUAGGUAUGAAGCCUGAAAACGUCCUUCGUAUGGGGGAUAUAUCCUAUGCUGUUUCUUUGCUUCCAUCAUUGCUUGUUUAUGGAGCUGAUUUAUGUAUUCUUUACUCGACUAUUUCCACGUUAUGGGGGGAAAGGAAAAAAAAAAAAAAAUUGUGGUUUAACAUUCUCGUCUUCAUCCUUUUGCAGGAAGAACGUGAGUAAUGCUGCACAGUCUGGUUUUGCUCUAGCCAAAUGAUGAUUUGUUCUAGUUAGGGCAUAUGUGACUGUAAGUGAUGGAUUUCUCUCUUUCUGUUGAAUGGUGGCCAGGUUUGUCUUGGAGCCUAAGUCUGUGUUGAUGACUGAACAAGAGCAAAAACACAAGGAUAGUGAAUCUGCAAUAGCGUCGCUGCAGACAUCCAAGGAGUACUUGGAAAAGCAGAUGGCUGAGGUGGAGAACAACUUGAGGGAACUUUUGCAGCAGGAUCCCGGUCUUGCCCGCCAGAUUAUGUCCAUGAGUGUGUAAUGUAAGAAGUGAGCUUCACUAUUUCUUCGAAAGUCGUCCUGGUAUUA